AUGCGCCGCUCCUCGAGGGAGUCCACCAUCCCUUCGGCAGAGAGACACUCGCGCCGCUCGGCAGCCUCCUCUCCGCUCGUCGUAGACCUCGACGACGACGAGCAGUGCCAGUUCGUCGCGCGUUCAGACCCCCCGCGCCCUAUUACACGCUUCCCCGGCUUUCGCAAGGGCAACAUCGUCAAGAUUCAGAUGAAGAACUUUCUCACCUUUACCAAUACCGCCAUUCAUCCCGGGCCUUGUAUGAAUGUCAUUCUCGGUCCGAACGGCACAGGGAAGUCCACCGUUGUCAAUGCUGUUUGUAUUGCGUUUGCUGGCAAUCCGAAGUUGCUGGGUCGCAGCCCGGAUCUCGGUGCCUUCGUUAAGCACGGCGAGGACCGCGCCACGGUCGAGGCUAUAUUGUAUGAUCCGGACCUCCCUCACGGCACCCGCACUGUGACGAGGUCGUUUGACACAGACGGCAAGAGCUACUUUGAAAUUGAUGGCGAACGCGCCAGACAAUCUGAUGUUAUCUCUAAAGUCAAUCGAGUCUACGAUAUCCAACUUGACAAUCUCAGUCAAUUCAUGCCGCAGGAAAAAAUCGCUGACUUUGUCAACCACAAACCGGAGGAACUCCUUGCCAUUGCUGUCCGUUCCUUGGGAGGUACCGAAAAAGAAAGAGAGUUUGAAGACUUGACAUCCCUGGAUAGGACUGUCAGUAACUUUGCCCAAGAGUUAAACCAGAAGGAGGCCAAGCUUUCAGAAAUGCUCGAACAGCAAGCCGCCGAAGAAGCAGAGGUACAAGCAUACCGUCAACAAAAACAAGCUCAAAGACGCUUGAAGCUUUACAAAAAGUAUUUGCCAUAUCUUGAAAGCAAGCAGCUGAAGUUUGCCUUUGUUCAUAUGCUUUCAAUCCGCAAGCAGGCUGAAGAGGAGGCUGCUGUUUUACAUCAGGAAUACCAACGCAUUCAAGCUGGGGCCUUGAACGGUUUGCAGCAAGAAGUCGAUGCUGCGAGAGAAACAUUUCUUGCUACCAAAGAGGCCUCGAAAGUUCUUAGCAAUCGCGCAUCCGCUCUGAUUGGCGAAGUAGAUAGGAUAUCUGUUGUUCUCUCUGAGAAAUCCAAGGCCGUGGAAGACCUUGAGGGGAGGCACGAGAGGCACCAAAAGAGAAUUGGUGACACAAAAGUUCGCCUCGCCCAGGAAUUACAACAAGCCCAAGAACAAGAUGGCCCUGUAUCAGAGCACACAAUAGAAGAAGAAAGUGCGAGGCUGAGAGCCCAGAAAGACAGAAUACGAAACGACUAUUCUGCUGAAAACGCACGGAAGGGCCCCAUUGACCAACGGCGACAAACCUCUGCACGCAAGAUUAAGCAUUACAAUCACCGACUCUCCCAGUUGGGGGAUGUUAGACAAGAGAGAAUUCGCGCAUUGAGUAGAGCUCGAAAUGCGCCCAGGCAUCUUGGGGAUUGUGACAUGCUCGUGCGAGAUAUGAAGGCCAGUGGAGCUUUCCGUGGACACGUCUUUGGCCCUGUGGCGGCAGAGAUUGAAGCAGACAAUCCAUACCAUGCGAGGAUCAUGGCUGCGUGUGUCAGCGGCUUUAUUAUGACAGCCUUUGUGACGGAGACUGCUCGGGAUUCUAGGUUACUCAUGAGUGAAUGCAGGAAGCGAUUCUCCGGAUGGUCCCCAGAUAUUAUUUCCGCCCCCACCACAUCUAACGAUGAGCCUGACGACUACGCCAUUCGAUCACAGGUUCCUGCCAGGCCAGUUGACGACAAGUUGCGGAGACUUGGUAUCGUUUCUGUUGUGAGUGACAUCUUUCAGUGUCCUCCUGUGGUUCGCGCUGCUCUCAAUGCGCAAGUUGGGUUGCACAACAUUCAUGUGGGGUCUGAGCAAUGCGACACAUUCAGAGAUGAGCUCCGUCGAGAAGAUGGUGUGCAAGCCUGGUUUUCACCUACUUCGCGUUGCCAAGUUUUGCGCUCACGGUUUGAUGCAUCGGUGCGCAAUUUGAGCGUAGAAACUAGCUUCGCCACCCGCAGAGGUUCCUUGUUUGAGGGGAGCAUGAAUGAAACCGUGCAAGAGAAAAACAGACUAGGAAACAUGAUCCGGGAAGAGGAAGAUCUUCUUCGCCACGCAGGUCAGCAAAUGCAAGACGUAGAGGGGAGACUAGAAAAUCUCUCUGCAAACUUGCGUGAGAUUAAUGGGAAAUUGCAAGAAGCUCACCAACGACGGCAGGCUCGAAGGCAAAGAGCGCAAAAAAUUGAGAAGAUCAAGAGUGAUUUGCAAAGUUAUGUUAGAGAGGCCGCUUCGCAAAAUGUGGAGAAGGAAAAGGUAGAGCUGGGGAAAGAGAUUCAAAGACUUCAAGAUGAUUCCAACGCAAAGAUACCGUCCGCAGUUGUGAAGCUCAAGAAACUGCGAGACACCGUGGGAAGACUAGACGAACAGCUGGCGAAGCGCUUGGAUGCAGAACGCCGUUUAGAAGCAGAACAGGCAAGUCACUCUGCCUUCCAAGCGCAAAUAAACGAAAAGCGGCGAGAAGUUGAACAAGCCAAGAAGGCAUCGAAAGAGGCAAGAGGUAGAUGGAAAGCGAAACUGGCUGAAGCAAAAGAAGUGCUGCCACAGCAGCAAAUUGACGCAAAUCCAGAAUUUUUUGACGUUAUUGCAGAAAAAGAUGUGGAGUGGCUCACGCAGGAAAUUGCACGACAAGAAGGGGAAGUUGAAGGCCUCGGAAGUGGAGGGAGGCAGGCGGUCUUGGUGUAUGAGCAUCGGCAACAUAAAAUUGACAAAUUGCAAAAUGAUGUCGAUGCUGAUCGGGCUACUAACAAGGGCAAGAUGGAGGGCUUGAAAAAGAGGAAGUUGGCAUUUUUGGACUGGCUCCAAGCGGGGAUCAAUAAGAUGAGAGCUAAGUUUUCUAACCUAUAUAGGCGAUUAGGUUGUGCCGGUGACCUCGAACUUGCCAACAAGGACUCUGAGCGUAUUGGAGACUUAGAGUUGCAAAUCUUGGUUUCGUAUCGUGAUGAUGCAGAACUUCGGCCCAUAAGUUUUUCCGGUAACAGCGGCGGGGAAAAGAUGUGCUGCACUAUGCUCUUCUGCUUUUCACUGCUUCUAGAAGAAGAGAGGAUACCACCGUUUGUAUUCGUGGAUGAGUUGAACCAGGGCCUUGAUCCAUCGAACGAAAUGAAGAUCAUGACCAUGAUGUUUGAAGAUGCGCGUAGUGCGACCGCACCACAAAGCUUUGUCAUCACGCCUAAGCUUUUGCUGGAUCUUCCGUUUCACGAACAGACGAAGACACACAUUAUUUUUAACGGCUCGGUAACUGGAAAAUUAGAUGUAACUGCGGCUACAGGUGUGUGAGGGCUUCAAAGAUGAAGGGAUUUUGUGUUCAACUUAUUUGCAAGUACUAGAAAUCGUUGACUUCAAGUAGCUGGUCAUCUUUACUCUGCGAGCCUUCCAGACCUCAGGGAGGUGCAUCAACCUUUAUUAAGCUCCAUGUUUUCAACAUGUUUGCACCAACAAUCUGUAAAGUACGGGGCAAUGUUGUCCUGGUUCAGAUGAAAA